CGAUAACAAAACGUUCACAUCCCUAGUGAAUUGUAAUCUAGGUUUUGUGAAACAUAUUCAUAUUAAAUUAUUUAAUAAUUGCAUUGUGCUGAUAUACUGAUCGUACCAAUAUUGAAAAAUGGAGACUCUGUAUCAUCAGACUAAUCACCUAAUACAGGAAACAUCAGAACUUUUCCAGAAGUUGGAAAGAGAUCCAACAAACUAUGAGAGCAUAGAAAACGCAAUUCAGUCAAAAAUUAAUGCAAUUAGUGCGAACUGCGAGAGGUUGGAUAUAUACGUCUUCAAAACACCAAUCAACCAGCGGCCUAUGGCAAAAAUGAGGGUUGACCAACUGAAGUACGACAACAAACAUAUUCAGGCAUCUCUAAAUGCAGCUCAGAAUAAGAGGAUAAAGCGUGAACAGGAGCUAAGAGACAGAGAACAACUGUUAAGCCGGAGGUUUGGACACGAUCACACCGCUAUCAAUGUGGACUACUUGGCACAGGAACAGAUGUCUUUGCAGAACUCACAUAGAAAUGUUGAUGAAAUGCUACAUACAGGUUCAAAUAUAUUGGAGACUCUAAAGUACAACCGUGAAACAAUAAAAGGUGCUCAUAGAAGACUAAUAGACUUAGCCAAUACACUAGGCUUAUCGAAUGCGACUAUAUCUCUGAUUGAGAGGCGAGUGUCCCAAGACAAAUACGUCUUGUUUGGCGGCAUGUUCGUCACUCUGACUAUCAUCGUGCUCGUGAUAAUAUACCUGACGUAGUCCAAACUUUAAUGAGGAGUACAGUCCUCUAUCGUUGACAAUACAAAUUAAACAUUAAAGACAAAAAUAUAGUAUAUUGUAAUCAAUCUUAUGUUUUCUUAUGUACGGUGUUCUCAUGGUCACAAUAAGAAUUUCCGUAACGUGUACUUUCGCGGUGGAGUGGACAAAUGGACACUUGAACCGUAAUUGGGAUAGACCCUUCUCCCUCUAAUUGACACAGUAUCAUGCUGCCAUUGUAUCCCAAUGUCCGAGUAAAGUGUAGUGCUAAUGCAAUGUCUUUUAACAUAACCUGCCUAAUAAUGUUGUAAUAACUGAUGAUGUUUUCGUCCGACAAGGUCAUUUCGCUGAUUUUGCUCUCGCAAUCUGUGAGCCAAUAGGCUAGGCGAGUGCUGCUAGAGUAAGUUUCAAGUAAACUGUAACUAUGAACUAUCUCUCAAGCAAUAGUACUGAACAUUAUUAUCUGAGUAAAGAUUGCGACAUCUGUAUUUCAAUACACUUACAAAAUAACCGUAGAAAGUGACCGAACGCUUCAUCGAAACUCAUAAUGAAAUUGCCAUGCGUAAUUGAAAAUAAGUACUUUUGCAGUUAACUGAAUGAUAUCAAAUUAUAAUUAAAAACUUUCUUAAAAAACAGUAAGAACAGAUGCAUGCUUAGGUCAGGUCGGUACAACAAACGGUUACAUAAAAGUUUGCAAAACCUUGCGAUUGCUCGAACGGGCUCCAAAAUACAAGUUUUUGCGACGAUCAAAACACCACAAUUUAUAGCUUUAAUAUUAUUAACCCGAAUUUUGAUAUCGAUUACUUAAAAUAAUAUUGCAUCAGUAGUCCACUAGUCCAACAUUAAAAUAAAAUACCUAGUAUGCAUGGUAAAUGGUUCUUUGGGUUUUAAACUGGUUGUGUUAAGUUACAGUUAUUUUAAAAUUAUCUUUUUUGAAGAAAGGUUGCCCCCUAUUUCACAGUCAUCGCUGAUAAAACCUGUUCUUGGGAACCCCAAUAUUUAAAACAAAAACCUAGUUCUUAUCUAAUAGUUUCCGUGCGAUAAGAAUAAAGAAAAUACUUUUUUAACAUGGCAAUACAUAAUACGUUUUAUUUGACUGGUAAAAACUUGGUUUUUCUGCAACUUCAUUCACCCAUCACCUCAUCAUUCUCACCAUAAAUAUUGUUGUAUAUAAAUAUGUUUGUUAUUUAUUUAAUGACAUUCCUUUCUUUCAUUUCUAUUACUAUGCACGUGUUUGGGAGCGUACACUAAUAUAUUUAUUCGAGAUAAAAUAUCUAGCUUAUAGUGUAUACUACCUGUUUGUGUAUUAUUGUAAAAAUGUUAAUAAAUUAAGUUAUAUUCUAUUAAAUUUUCUAUUUUCUA